GAGAUAAAAAAGAGUCUAAAAGUGAGAGAAAGAUUUUGAGUUGUUCAAGAGAGAUAAUAUAUCUAAGUUAAACUAUUGAGUUGUUUUGAAGAGUGAACACAAAAAACAUAACACAACAAAGAGAAAACUAAGAAAUGGAGAAAGAAUCAAAAAACAAAAUCCCUCACUGUUUAGUAAUUCCAUAUCCAACACAAGGUCACAUAAACCCAAUGCUUCAAUUCUCAAAACGUUUACUCCAAAAAGGAAUACAAAUCACACUAGUUAACACCAUAUCCAAUUCCAAAACCAUCACAACCAUAAACCUCAACAAGUCCUUCCAAUUCGAAACCAUCUCUGAUGGUUUCGACGACGGAGGACUUACUGCCGCAGAAAACAUCAACACUUACAUCGAUACCUUUCGUCGAACCGGAUCACAAACUCUUGAUCAACUUCUUCACAAGUUAACAACAACAGACAAUCCUGUUGAUUGUGUUAUUCAUGAUGCUUUCUUGCCUUGGAUUGUUGAUGUUGCUAAGAAGUUUCAACUACCUGUUGCUGUUUUUUUAACUCAAGCUUGUUCUGUUAAUACUAUAAACUUUCAUGCUUUUAAGAGAUGGUUGGAUUUACCUCUGUUGGAGACAGAAAUUGUUUUACCUGGAUUGCCUAAGCUUGAAGCUUCUGAUUUUCCUUCUUUUUUGUAUCAAUAUGGAACUCAUCCUGGAUAUUUUGGUCUUCUUACAAACCAAUUUUCAAUGAUUGAUCAAGCCGAUUGGGUUCUUGCCAACACUUCCUAUGAACUGGAGCCAGAGGUAGUGGAAUGGUUGAUGAAGAUUUGGCCAUUAAAGACUAUAGGACCAUGUGUUCCGUCUAUGUUUUUAGACAAAAGGCUCAAAGAUGACAAUGAAUAUGGUGGUAGCAUCUUCACUACAAAUUCUGAAUCUUGCAUCAAAUGGUUAGAUACUAAACCGAAAGGUUCGGUUGUUUAUGUGUCUUUCGGAAGCAGGGCUAGUCUCGGUGAGGACCAAAUUCAUGAGCUAGCCUGUGGUUUGAAAAAUUGCAGAAGAUAUUUCAUAUGGAUUGUUAGAGAUUCUGAAAAGGGUAAGCUUCCAAAAGAUUUUUCGGAGUUAUCAGAGAAAGGUUUAAUAGUGAGAUGGUGUCAACAACUAGAAGUGUUGCAACAUGAAGCUGUUGGAUGUUUUGUGACACAUUGUGGUUGGAAUUCAACAUUGGAAGCAUUGAGUUUAGGAGUUCCGGUUAUUGCUAUACCGAUAUGGACAGAUCAAAUUACGAAUGCCAAAUUUGUUGUUGAUGUAUGGAAAAUUGGAGUGAGAGGUGUUGCGGACGAGAAAGGGAUAGUUAGAAGUGAAACGAUUGAGGGUUGUGUAAAGGAAAUGAUGGAGACUGAAAAGGGAAAUGAAAUGAAGAAGAAUGCUAUGAAAUGGAAGAGUGUGGCUAGGAAUUGUGUUGACGAGAGUGGAAGUUCAGACGAAAAUAUUGCAGAAUUUGUGAAUGAAUUGACUCGAAGACGGAAGCCGGGUCAUAUGCAACACUGAUAUAUGUCGAUGUUAUAUUGAUGAUUCAGCCUAUUGUUGUGUCUGUUUUGCUCGUACGCAUUGCAUUGUUCUGUUGCUGCGUCUUAGCAUUUUGUUGCGUUAUCGUUUCUGGUUUACUGCGUCCACUCUAUAUGUGAUUCAGCAACGGCAUAAUUCUGCAUUGAUGUUGCAUUUUAGGGUGACAUGCAAUUUGAUUUAGUGAUACUGCUAUAUUUGUGGUUCUGAUUUUUGCGUUUUUUGGUCAGCUGGUGUUUGGUUGUUUAAAUCCAAUCCGCUUUACCAAUGUUUGAAAAUUGUUUCUUUCUUUCUUUCACUUGAGCAACAAUGACAAAAAAGUUUGGAGGUGAAAAUCA